AAGUCGCCGUCGCGAAUGUUCAGUUUCGGCUCUUGUAUUCGUCGCUUUAAUAUAUCUUCUUCUAGUCAAUUAACUUCCUCAAUUUUUAAUUAGAUCGAACCUAUGAAUAUUAUUAAAAAUAUCGCUAGUUAAAACUAUAAGCAUAAAAGAAGAAAACACCCAACUAAAUUCUAAACAAGUGAUUGUUAAUAUUUUCCUAUGUGUAUUAAAUUUUUAAAUCUAAACUUAAAAUUUAAAAUCUAAUUUAAAAAUUUAAGAAUUAAAAUAAAAUUUACACAACAUAAAAAAAUGCGAAUGCUGCCGGUGAUAUUUGCUUUGCUGUUGUGGCUAUUGGUUUGCAGUGCAUAUCGCUUUCUCGGAGUGUUUCCAUUUCCCGGCAAGAGCCAUUUCGCAUUGCCGGAGAGCUUGAUGAAGGGUUUGAUCAGUAAAGGACAUCAGGUCGACAUAAUCAGCCCAUUCCCACAGAAAAAACCCUAUUCAAACUAUACCGAUAUUGCAAACUUGACAGCGCCUAUAUCAUUCACGAAUAAUAUGACAUAUGAAUUCAUAGUGCAAGUACUAGGCUCGAUACCGUGGACUUCAUCCGCGACAAGUUAUGGUAAUGAUAUUUGUGAAGCACAUCUGGGAAAUCCGGUAAUACAAAAACUGGUGCGCGAUCCGCCGAAGGAUCCACCCUACGACGCGAUGAUCAUGGAGAUCUUCGGUGCACAUUGCUUUGCGGCUAUCGCCCAUUUGUUAAAUAUACCUCUGAUCGGAGUCAGUACGACGACGCUAUUUCCAUGGCUUCAUCAAUUAAUCGCACAGCCUGAGAACUUGGCCUUUGUACCAAAUAAUUAUAUGGGCCUAGAAGUUCCUAUGAACUUCUGGCAACGUACAUAUAACUUCCUAAAAACCCAGUUUCUCAAAUUGUACUUUAAUUGCUACACGAAGCCACAAGAUGAUUUAGUGAGAAAGUAUUUCGGGCCAAAUAUGCCGAGCGUGCGAAAAAUGAACAUGGGAAUAAUCCUCAUCAAUUCUCACAUCGUUCUGAAUGGGGUCCAACCGAUGACACCUGCUGCCAUCCAAGUAGGGGGGAUCCAUAUCCGAAAUGACGAUUCGCCGUUGCCACAGAAAUUGAAGGAGUGGAUGGACGAUAGUAAAGACGGUUUUGUGUACUUCAACUUCGGCUCGAUGGUGCUGAUCGAAACGUUUCCGCGCAAAAUUUUAGAUGUUUUUUACACUUCCUUAGGCAAGAUAGCACCGAUACGAGUUUUAAUGAAGGUAUGGAACCCGGAGAAGUUGCCGCUUGGCUUACCCGAAAAUAUUCACAUGGCCGCUUGGAUGCCACAGCUUAAAGUAUUAAAACAUCCAAACAUAAAAGCUUUCAUCACUCAUGGCGGGCUCCUGGGAACUCUGGAAGCAAUCACCUGCGGUGUUCCCAUGAUCGGCAUGCCACUUUACGCCGAUCAGUUUAAGAAUAUUGAUGCGUCUGUCGCGAAAAACAUCGCUGUGAAGUUGGACGUCCAUAAAGUUACUGUGAAAGACAUGGAUGCAGCUUUGAACGCGAUCUUGCAAGAUCCGCGAUUCGUAGAGAAUAUGAGAAAUCUGUCGCAGAGAUUUCUCGAUCAGCCGCUGAGCCCUGUUGACACCGCGAAUUACUGGAUCGAAUACAUAAUUAAAUAUGGCAACGAUGUCUUGCGAUCGCCCGCCAUGGAUUUGGCCUGGUGGCAAUUAUCCCUCGUCGAUGUAGCUGUGUGUUUACUGCUUUGCGUGACAGCCAUUACUACUAUUGCAGUGUUCAUUGUGCGUUUUAGAAGAAAAAUAAUAAAUAGAAAUAAUCAGAGGUUGUUACAUUCAAAGAAUACUAAAAAAAUGCGAGUGCUGCCAGUGGUACUAUUGUGGCUGUUCUGGUUAUCGAUUUCCAGUGCAUAUCGCUUUCUUGGAAUAUUUCCGAUUCCGAGCAAAAGUCAUUUUAUCAUGCUGGAGAGCUUGAUGAAAGGUUUGGUCAGUAAAGGUCAUCAGGUCGACAUAAUCAGUUCUUUUCCACAGAAGAAACCUUAUCCAAACUAUACUGAUAUCGCACAUUUGCCAAUGCCUUCAUUAACGGUAAAUAAUGUGACAUAUAAAGCUAUGAUGCAAACACUAGCAAGCCCGAAUCCGAUGAAUGCUGUGGUGACAUUCUUUAGUAAUGAUAAUUGUGAAGCCCACCUGGGGAAUCCUGUAAUACAAAAUCUGGUGCGCAAUCCGCCAAAAGAUCCACCCUACGAUGCGAUGAUUAUGGAUGUCUUUGGUGCGCAUUGCUUCACGGUCAUCGCUGAUUUAUUAAAUAUAUCUCUGAUCGGUGUCAGCACGACGACGCUGUAUCCAUGGCUUCAUGAAUUAAUCGCUCAGCCCGAAAAUCUAGCCUUCGUGCCGAAUAAUCGUCUGAAUGUGGAGUUUCCCAUGAACUUGUGGCAACGUACGCACAAUGUCUUCUCCUUUCUCUACUCCAAGUUGUACUUCAACUAUCACACGAGGAUGCAAGACGAUUUAGUGCGGAUGUACUUUGGCCCGAAUCUGCCGAGCGUGCAGAAAAUGAAGUUAGCGCUGUUCCUUGUCAACUCUCACAUCGCUCUGCAUGGGAUCCAACCGAUGACACCUGCCGUUAUCCAAAUAGGUGGAAUUCAUAUCCGAGAUGACGAUUCACUAUUGCCACAGGAAUUAAAGAAAUGGUUGGACGAUAGUAAAGAUGGAUUUGUAUACUUCACGUUCGGCUCGAUGGUGCUGAUUGAAACGUUUCCGCGCAAAAUCCUCGAUGUGUUUUAUGCCUCCUUAGACAAGAUAGCACCUGUGCGGGUUUUAAUGAAAGUGCCGAAUCCGAAGAAGUUGCCGGCUGGUUUACCCAAAAAUAUUCGUACGUUCUCUUGGUUGCCGCAACUUAAAGUAUUAAAACAUCCAAACAUAAGAGCCUUCAUCACUCACGGCGGACUUAUGAGUAUCCUAGAAGCGAUCUUCUGCGGUGUUCCCAUGAUCGGCGUCCCAUUAUUCGCCGAUCAAUUUAAGAACGUUGAAACGUCCAUCACAAGAAACGUCGCUGUGAAACUAGACGUCCAUAAAGUUACUGUGAAAGACAUGGAUGCAGCCUUGAACGCGAUCUUACACGAUCCGCGAUACAUGGAGAAUAUGAGAAAUCUAUCGCAGAGAUUCCACGAUCAGCCGCUGAGCCCUGCUGACACCGUAAAUUAUUGGAUCGAAUACGUGAUUAAAUACGGCGACGAUGUCUUGCGAUCGCCCGCCAUGGAUUUGGCCUGGUGGCAAGUAUGCCUGAUCGAUGUGGCCGCGUGUCUUUUGCUUUGCAUGGCCGUCAUUAUUAUCAUUGCAGUGUUCAUAGUACGUUUUAUGAUGAAAAUGAUAAAUGGUAAGCAUCGCAGAUUGUUACAUUUGAAAAAGACUAAAUAGUUGCAUUAAUUCGUCUAAGAACAUAUAAAGUUUAAAAUUAAAAGUUUAAGAACAUAGAAAUAGCACGUAAUAAUAAAUAAUUCAUCGGGAACAAUUAUUCUUUAUGUGAGGAAUUUUAUUUUCAUUCGCUCUGCAAUUCGUUUGUCCCCCCGGGGGGCAUUAAAAAUGUGAGAACUGUCUGUUUGAGCAGCUAAUGACAAAAUGUGAAAGAGAAAUCUUCCAAUGGCAAUUGCGAUAGUAGAUAUGUCUACAUUUAACAAUAUGAAAACUUUAAAAAAUACGAAAACUUAAAUUCUUUUUAUGUUAUUCAAUUUAGGAGAAUUUUCUGCAUCUAGACGCAUAAAUUAACAUUAAUCUAGUAAACGACAGUUUUUUUUACAUGUAUAUUUACAUUGCAAAUAUUGAAAUUCAGACUUGUUGUUACAUGCAAUUUUAAUUUAAAUAAAAUUUAAAUGAAAUAACCAUGGAAAUAAGAGUCAGAUAAAUAAGGUUUAUAUAAUAAACGAGUUUUUUUAUAACAACAAUUCGCGCGUAAAUAUUAUAUUAUGUAAAUAAUAAUAAUUAAUGUAUUAUAAUAAUAAUAAAAAAAUAAUGGAUUUCAAGAAAAAGUAUACGAAUAAAAUAUAUUGCGGUCGUUAUAGCUUCAAGU